GACCCGACGGUGUUGUUUCGGACAUUAUUAUUUCUCAUUAAUAUUCAGGAUUUCCGUGGUGUCUACUUUCUAUUUGGCGCUUUAGUUUAUAACUCUCGAGAGCGAGAUGCUCUCUCUCUUUCUAUUGUCUUACCUCCCGCACCCCCCUAAAUGGCUUUUAUACAUACCAUACGCCCUCCUAAUAAGAGCGAGGGAAAACCUAUCACAGCAUAUUUCAAGGGCUCGCUUCUGUUGACUGGUGCAAAUGGCGCAGUUGGUCGUAGCAUUAUAUCACAAUUUGUCUCUAAGCCUGAGUAUGCAGAGUCAUAUCACUGCAUAUACACGGUUCGCGAUAUCUCAUCAGCUCAGGCACUACGCUCAUUUCUCAGAGGUACCAUCCAUUCCUACGAAGUAUUGCUGUUGGACUUGGCACGGCUAGACGAUGUCCGCGGCUUUGCUGAGCAACUCAGUACGCGGAUCAGCAAACAACAAGUGCCACGCUUGCGUGCUCUGGUGCUCAACGCCGCAUUUCUUGAACUUCAAGACCAGACUUGGACUGAGGAUGGCUUUGAUACCAGUUUUGCCUCAAGUUAUUUGGGCCACUGGCUAUUAACGUUGAUGUUACUGCGGAGUAUGGACUAUCACAUGGGUCGCGUGGUCGUAGUUGGGAGUUCAGUCCACGAUACGCAGAGCCUUCACAAUGUCGUCGGGGGUCAGUAUCGAGGUCAAAAGUGGAAGACAAUUUUCCAUGAUAGUACUGAUCCCCUCGCUCGGGGCACCUGGAGCAGUCGCCGAGAUGACCCAUCAUUUCGUAGCGGCUAUCGACGCUACGGCGCCGCCAAGCUAUGCCAAGUCAUGAUGAUACCAGAACUUCAGCGCCGCCUUGAUACUGAUCCUAUUCUCCAAAACAUAUCUGUCCUAGGAAUUGAUCCCGGCGCAACACCCAGUGGGAUUACCCGCCGAGGCGGCUGGGUCGUUCAUAUCUUCAUCGGAAAGUUCAUUAUGUUUGUUUUGGCUCUCAUCUUUUCUUGGUUUUGGCCGAAUGCCGGAGUCCGGACCAACAGCAAGUCGGCUAUAGAUAUCCUCGCAGCUACUUUUGAAUGUAACGAGACUCUUGGUGAGAGGCCAAAGGGCUUGUACUUGGACGGUAAUCAGCUAGUGGAAAUGGGAGCAGAGGCCAAGGAUCGUAAAAAGGCCGGAAUCCUAUGGAAGGAUACAUUGAGAUAUACGGCGUUACAGUCACACGAGACGAGUCUUACCAACUGGGAGUGAUUUACUUGUUACAAAAUCUCGUCGUAUUAUAUUACGAAUCAAGCAACAUUUGCCGAUGUUGCUUAUGUUCUCUUGACUAUGAGGUAUCUCGUUGUUAGACCGGCCCCCAAAGUAUGUUAUAUCGCCGGCCACCCUCCAAGAAACACUACAAAUUUAUGAUUGGGCGGAAUCUCAUGCCACUGGCUUCAGAAUCAUACUUAAUAUAUAUUAGUCCAUGCCUAGAACGCG